AUGAUGACCGCGACUCGUCUGCUCGCCUUUCUCCUCCUGCUCCUCGUCUCCCACGCCGUCGUCUCGUCAGCCGCACCCUGUCUGCCAAAACGAGUCGCUCUGACCGUUCAAGCCCACGCGCAGCGCCUUCAAUCGCCAGCCGCGACUCUGAACUCGAACUCCCAGGGUCUCUUCAGUGAGCUCCGCGGCGCCGUAACCCCCGCCGCGACCGGCGGGCCCAUUAAGUACAAUGGAGGCCCAGUCAUCGUCGGAAACCCGACGGUGAACAUCUACCAUAUCUACUACGACAGCUGGCCGGCUGGGUCCGGGCAGGAUUACAUCGACAACUUCGUUCGGUCUUUAAGCAGCGACUCGGGCGCGCAGGGCUCGGCGAGCGACCCGACGGUGAAGGGGUGGUGGGCGAUCACGUCGAACUACUAUCAGACGAGCAGCAGGGCGAAGAAGAACGUGAGCUCCAUGGUGCGGCUCGCAGGGACGACGUACGACAACUACUCGAACGGCAAGGCGCUCACUGACAGCAACGUGCUCUCCAUCGUGAAGAGCAAGAUUGGAUCUGGCAAGGCCUUCGCGUACGACCCAUACGGGAUUUACGUUCUUAUAUCGAGCAAGGACGUGACUCUAUCGUCGGGCUUCUGCAGCCAAUACUGCGGAUGGCACACGGUCGGCUAUAUCGGAUCAUCCCCACUCUACUACGCGUUCGUGGGUCACCACGCCCAGUGCCCCAAUGCGUGCGGCGUAAAGAGCACCUCCCCCAACGGCAACCCCGCUAUAGACGCCACCAUUUCAACUCUCGCGCACGAAAUCACCGAAGCUGCUACGGACCCCGAUGUAAAGUCUGCCUGGUUCGACGCGGGUGGGGAGGAGAAUGCGGAUCUCAUCGCCAUUCUCAGCAUCGGUAUCCGUGACUCGCGUGCGCCAGCAGCAUGGAUUCCAGACUCGCGCUCUUCGCGCUUCUCCUCGCCGCCGUCCUUGUCUCAGGUGACCUCUUACUACCUUCACCUACCCGCCGCGCCUUCUCAAGCUCACCUAUCUGCGCGCCCAUCCCUCUCGUUCUCUGCGCGCCCAUCCCUCUCGUUCUCUGCGCGCCCAUCCCUCUCGUUCUCUGCGCGAGCAUCCUUCUCCGCGUGGCCUCCCGUUCUGCGUUGCAACCAUCCAUCUGCAUGCGCUUUCUCCCGUCUUCUCCUUCUCCUUCUCUUUCACUACGCUCCACUCACUCCCCUCCCCUUCCUGUCUUUCCCCCUAACCCCUAUGCGCCCAUCGCAUGCUGCGCUCCCUCGUGUGCUGUGCGCGCCUUGCCCUUUGCGCGCCUUGCCCAAUGUCCCCCUCGCGCAGUUCAAGCCGGAGACCUGCAGCACCAAGGCGCGCAACCUCGACACUGUCAGGGUUCACUACAAGGGCAUGCUGGUGGACGGCAGCGUGUUUGACUCGAGCUACGAGCGCGGCGACCCGCUGCAGUUCCGCCUGGGGCAGGGCAACGUGAUCAAGGGGUGGGACAUAGGCAUUCUGGGCAUGUGUGUGGGCGAGAAGCGCAAGCUCAAGAUCCCCGCGCACAUGGGCUACGGCGAGUCGGGCUCGCCACCCAAGAUUCCCGGCGGGGCAACACUCAUCUUUGAGACGGAGCUGGUGGAGAUCGUGGGGGCCAAGCCGGACGACGAGCUCUGA